UUGUAGACGAAUGUGCAAGGAGUUCUCCUGUUGAUUAUUUCUGGUACAGGAAGACAUUAAACAUCUCCACUUCUAUUGACGAUUCUGGAACUGUGCAGUGGUGGCUUCUCUUGAGUCUAGUUUGUGCCUGGGGAGUGCUGUAUGUUUGCACAAUCAGAGGCAUUGAAACAACAGGAAAGGCAGUGUAUGUAACAUCGACACUUCCUUAUGUUGUGCUCACCAUUUUCUUGAUCCGUGGCUUGACACUGAAAGGCUCUGUCAAUGGAAUCGUAUAUCUCUUCACACCUGAUGUUAAUGAAUUAGCUAACCCGACCACCUGGCUAGAUGCUGGAGCGCAAGUAUUCUUUUCUUUCUCCCUUGCCUUUGGAGGCCUCAUCUCGUUCUCUAGUUACAAUUCAAUUCAAAAUAUCCUCACACUUACAAAUGCUUUUGAUUUACCAGAAGGCAAUGUAACCCAGGAUAAUUUUGAAGAAAUGCAAGCUUGGUGCAACAUGACAUAUCCAGCAGCUUUUGCAAGCCUUAAGUUUCAGACUUGUGACUUGGAUUCAUUUUUAAGUAGUGGUGUGGAAGGAACAGGCUUAGCAUUUAUUGUCUUCACCGAGGCUAUUACCAAAAUGCCUGUCUCACCACUAUGGUCCAUCCUCUUCUUUAUCAUGCUGUUCUGCUUGGGUUUAUCAUCUAUGUUUGGAAAUAUGGAAGGAGUUAUGGUACCUCUGCAGGAGCUCCAAAUUAUACCCAAAAAAUGGCCUAAGGAACUUGUCACAGGCCUCAUUUGUGUGGUGUCUUUCUUGGUUGCCAUCAUUUUUGUGCUGAGGUCUGGAAACUACUGGCUGGCUUUGUUUGAUAAUUUUGCUGGAUCCAUUCCUUUGCUAAUAAUUGCCUUCUGUGAGAUGUUUUCAGUUGUCUACAUAUAUGGGAUAGACCGAUUUAACAAUGAUAUUAAGUUCAUGAUUGGGCACAAACCCAAUAUUUUCUGGCAGGUGACCUGGAGAUUUAUUAGUCCCCUCAUCAUGUUAGUUAUCUUCCUGUUUUACUUUGUGGUGGAAGUGAGGGAAAGACUAGAAUAUAUCACCUGGGACCCUGAUUACGAACUAUUUCCCAAAUCAAAAACUGCAUCAUACCCUAACUGGGUUUAUGUCAUCGUUGUCAUCCUUGCGGGAAUACCCAGCCUGAUUAUCCCUGGGUUUGCCAUCUACAAAGGCAUCAAAAAUUCUGUGAAGAGAAAUGAUCCCGGGCGGCAGGAUCUGGUUAAUGCCGUAUCAGAAAUGUCAAUAAAUGGAGAACUGAGGAAUAAGGUGUAAUUAACUCUCCUGAGGAAAAGACUUUCAUUGAGAGACUCUAAACUAUUGAAAGACAGUUAGCAAUCUCAUAUUCUAUAUGGGACUGACAUAUGUACUUAAUCCAGCUGUUUCUGGAUUAAUGGUUGCUUAGUGCCAAUGCUUGUCAUCCAUCUUUGCUACUCUGCAUCCCCAUGAGUGCCACUAUGUUGCACAAACUUUCAAUCAUACUUAUUUUCAGUAAUGUAUUAUUAAACAGAUUAU